UCUUGGCGGCGGCGCGAUGAGCGGGUCGAACUCGAAGGCUGCGGCCGCGGGCUCGGCGGCGGGGUCCGGGGCGCUGGUGGCUGGCAAGGAGGAGAAGAAGAAGGCGGGCGGCGGCGUCCUGAACCGGCUCAAGGCGCGGCGGCAGGCGCCUCACCACGCCGACGCCGGCCUCGGGGCGGCGGUCACGGAGCAGGAGCUGCUGGCUCUGGACGCCAUCCGGCCCGAGCACGUCCUGCGCCUCAGCCGGGUCACCGAGAAUUAUUUAUGUAAACCUGAAGACAACGUCUACAGUAUUGAUUUCACCCGCUUCAAAAUUCGAGAUUUGGAGACAGGGACAGUGCUUUUUGAGAUUGCCAAACCUUGUGUUUCAGACCAAGAGGAGGAGGAGGAGGAGGAAGGUGGAGAUGUGGAUAUCAGUGCAGGACGUUUCGUCCGUUAUCAGUUCACACCAGCAUUUCUCCGCCUCCGGACAGUUGGGGCUACAGUGGAAUUCACAGUGGGAGACAAACCUGUGUCAAACUUCCGGAUGAUCGAACGGCACUAUUUCCGGGAACGCUUGCUGAAAAACUUUGACUUUGAUUUCGGCUUCUGCAUCCCCAGCAGUAGGAACACUUGUGAACAUAUCUAUGAGUUUCCCCAGCUUUCUGAGGAUGUCAUUCGUUUGAUGAUUGAAAAUCCCUAUGAGACCCGUUCUGACAGCUUCUACUUUGUUGACAACAAGCUGAUAAUGCACAACAAGGCUGAUUAUGCCUAUAAUGGAGGCCAGUAACUGCUGCAGGAGUGGACAAGGGAGGUGCUUUGCUGCGGCCCAGGGUCCUGGCACACGGAGAUGGUUGAAGCUGCAGUUUGUCAACACGCAUCUGGAACCUGGCCCCAGGAAGCCAAGGCUGGGGUGGCAGUUUCCUGUGCUCCAAGAGAGGUGCCAAGCAGUACUGUGUUUUCUUCCCUAGUAUUUUUUCUUCUCUUUUUUUCCCUGCCCUUUAUGUCACAGAGGUACUACAGUAAAGUCAAAGAUUAAGAUAAGGCUCCUGGAAUCAAGAUAUAAGAGAAAGUUUAUUUUCAUGUAGUCAUAGCUCCCUACUAGUUGUCCUGACAAGUCUGGGUCUCUCCAGGCACUUCUGUGCCCAUGUGAGGAGGCUCUGGUGGGCCUCCCUGCAGGUUAGCAGCUCUUCUGUAGGUUCCUGGGUGCUGUGGGAAGCUGAAACGUAGGCCUCUUCCAGGCAUCUCCUCUCACUUCUGGGGUGGUGUCAGCACAGUCUGACCUCAGCCUGUGCAUAGUCCUGAACCAACUGGAAAGAAACUUGAAAGCAGGGGGAAGGAAGAGGUGGUGCCAAGAGUUGAGGCACUAGGGGUGGGUAAGGCUGCCAAACGGAAAGAUUCAUUUUAUGAGGAGGCCUGCUUAUCUGUCUGACUUGCAGGAUCCUCAGCCAGCAAGGGUUUCAGCCUGGGGAUACAGCAAGGUUUCAGCCUGGGAGUGCCUUCCUGUUCUCAUUUUGGAACGAAGAUGAGCUUGCUCUGCUUCUCCUGGCUCCUGACUUUUGAGUAUCUCCUGAAACAGAAUGUGUCUGUUUUGCUCUUGGAACAGUAAUAUAUCUUGAGGCCAGAGCAGGCCUUAUUGUGUUUUGUUUUUUAUUUCUAGGCUUCUUUCUGGGAGGCUUCAUAAAAUGUCAGUGGUGCUCCCAGUGUAUGUGACGUGCAGUUAGACUUCUGAUAGUGUUAAUCAGGCUCCCGGGGCUAAUCUGGCUCGUGUUGGAGCAGAGUAUAGUUACACACCAGCAGCUCAUUUAAAGGAGGGAUUUGGUUUUCUCUACACAGCAGAGCCUGGAGGAUUGGCUUUUGAUGGGGAUUUGCCUCUGAAACUCUUUGUAGAUUUCUUAUUUAGGAGGAUUUUCAGUAGUAUCUGGAACCAUCCUGGCAGGUCAGACCUAAGUAACACAUAACUCAUCCUUCAAACUGCUAGUUGGAAUGGUGCCGGCUGUUUGGAAAGGCUGAGAUAGGCUGCGAUGGCCUGUUGGAGAGAUGUGUUCUUAAAAGAGCGUCUUCGCACAUCCUGUGGGCUACUUUUGUCCUGGGGCCCUUACUGGAUGGACUCUUGCUGCCUUAGCUCCCUGUGGUUGUCUGACUGUGUGGGUGGCUCUAGAUGCUCAGCCUAACCUCUCUAAGAUGGUUGCUGCGGCCAGGAUUUAGCACUGAUAGGAAGGAGGCUAUAGGAGGAGCCUAGCUAUGUGGUAAUAGUCACAGUGAGGCAUCACAGUAACUGUGACAGGAGAGCUGUCUCCCAAGGUGCUUGGGAGAAAGGCCACGUGGGGCCAGGGAAAGAAGGGCCAGCACUUUGCUGCAGAAGACCCUGUGCAUUCACUGACCAGUGUUGCUCCCUGCUGGAUUCUAGAGCGUGAGUGGCCUUGAACCUUGGCUUAGUGCUUUGUGCCAGGCCAGGGUCUGGAUUGUGUCAGAUGCUGGCAGCUUUCUCACUGAGAAAGCCCUAGGUUAUCCCUGUCUGCUGGUGCUGGAUCCAACCACUGAGGGAGGGAAGAGACCGUGCACCUUGCACAAUGGGUUACACGUCACCAGACAGGCUGAAUCUCAGAACUGGAGUUGACUACAAAUCCAGGUGCCUUAAGUGUGGCUCUGUCCCAUAUGCUGCUGGGGAAAGCUGCAUUGCCCUCAUUCCCUCCUCAUCUGUGGACAGACAUCAGCACUGCCUCCUUACCCUCUGUUUCUCAUUGCAGCUCCUCUAACAUGUUUGUGUGUUCCUGUCAAGCUUCAGAGUAACCCCUUCUCUGUGACAGAAGCCCAGUCAGGAGAGUUUAUAUUAUUUGAUAUUGAAUUAUUAUCUAGGAUGUGGUUUCUGGAGCCCAGAGCUCUGCUUAAUAGAGUGUGUCUUAGAAAUGUGCCCUGGGGCAGACCGCCUCUUGAGGACCAGUGGGCUCUCAUCUGCAGUGGUAGCUUUUGCUAGGAGGACCAGGAGGCCAGAGGGGGUAGGCACUCUGGCUUGAAUAGUGCUGUAUUCUGUUCCCCAUUAGCUUGCCUUAGUCUCACCGGAGACCAUUUUGAGGCCAAGUGCACAAUCUGUGCCCAGCAGGACAGGGAUUUACCAUCUUCUGAAGGUCUGGUGUUCUGUAUCUGGGACUCUGGAUUCUUGUGUCUAGCUACUCAGGAAAUCUUGAGAAGCAUUUAUGACUCUGGGGUGUUAACCAGGGUGAGUUUGAAAUUCAGACUUUUGUACCUGACUUGAGAGAAUUGGCAGUCAUACUUUCUCUGAAAGUAGCUGAACCACUCAGAAGUUGAAUCAGGAGGCCAUGUUAUUAAGGGGUCUGGACUGUUGGGAGCUCUUAUCUUGUGAGUGAUAUAGUGGGAGGAACGAAACUACCUGCAUGGGGAGACCAUGCCUCGUUCAGAGCUGGCAUCUGAGAGGUAGCUCCUGGAGGAAACACAUUCCAGCAGACUGGCAGGCUCAUCUGGUGCCCUGGGGCCUGCUGCCUGCACCCCUACCUCUCCUCUUUUGUUCCUUUCCCUCUGCCUUGGAAUCUCUUGGGAGAGAGCCUCUCUUUUCCUGUGAAGCCUUUGGGCUAAGAUGCCCUUCCACCUUCUCCAAAUAAGAUCCUGGUUUAUUUCAUUCUGUGUUCUGAAGAGUAAACAGAGGAAAUAAAACUAAAAGUAGUUCUUGGCUAAGUGGGCUGUCCACUCGUUAUGUGUUAGCUCAGAGCUAUCUGCAGAGAAAGCAGUUUUCAAGGGCCUGUAGGACUUCCUGAAGACACGUACAGUCUUUGGGCCAUCUGAUUCUCAAAUGGGGCAGUGAUUGGGGAUGUUGGGGCUAACCAUAGACUGGAGAGUCUUGAGAUGGCAGUGACUGGGGAAUCUUCAACUUAUUUUUUCAGUUGAAGUGGAACUCAUUUCUGGAAGGGAUUUAAGAGGCUGUGUCUAAUGUACAAAUUGGGUGAGUCUUGGCUUAGUGUGUACUGCCAGCCCUGGUCGGCUCCCCGGGUACUCUUUUUUUCUCUGUAAAGUCACUUUCUUCUGGUGGCCGUUGUCACCAUGACAUCAGUGAGGUUUGGAGAAUGGGGACAGUCGUUCUAAAAAUCACAGCACAGGCUUCUAGCCAGCGCACGAGGCU